AUGAUGACUUUUGAUUCUAGCAGGUCCGACCGAAAGAAGGAGCUAGAGGACUUCGACCCCGUUUGGCCAUUCGACGCUACGAAAGCCGGUGUCAAGGGUCUCUUUGAUGCAGGAGCUACUAAAAUCCUGAAGAUCUUUGUUAGACCAACUGAUGAGAUAGCCGAGGACAACCUGAACCGCACUCUAAGCGAUGCUCAAAUUCCACUCUUCGAUCUUAGCCAAAUCCAAAACACCGAGAGCCGUAAGGAGAUUGUUGACGGAAUCCGUGCUGCAUCGGGUGAGUGGGGAUUCUUCCAGCUGAUCAAUCACGGGAUCGCCUCAAGCUUGAUGGAGAGCAUGUUGAACAGCAUCCGGAGGUUCAACGAGGGAGACCCCGAGGUGAAGAAGCAGUACUACUCAAGAGAUAGGAAUAGGAAGGUCAGACAGAGAAACAACUAUGGAGUACAUAAAGCAAGUGAGAGAGCUUGCCAAUUUGGUCCUGGAGUUGCUGUCAGAAGCUCUAGGGCUCAAAUCACAGCACCUGACAGAGAUGGAGUGCGGCAAGUGUGCCACUACUAUUCAGAAUGCCCAGAGCCAGAGCUGACUUGGGGAGCUAAGAAGCACAGGGACCCUUCUUUCUUCACCAUCCUCUUGCAAGACCAAAUUGGUGGCCUCCAAGUUCUGCAUCAAGACCACUGGAUCUGUGUCAAGCCCAUUCCUGGAAGCCUUGUGGUCAAUAUUGGGGACUUUCUUCAGGUAAUAUCAAACAAAAGAUUGAUGAGCGUUGAGCACAGGGUGUUGGCAAACCGAAUGGGCCCGAGAGUUUCCGUGGCUUGUUUCGUGGCGGGAAUGAUAGGCCCAUUGGAGAAGGUCUACGGCCCGAUCGAGGAGCUUGUAUCAGAAGAAAGCCCGCCUCUGUACAGAGAGUUUCGGCCCAGCGAAUACGUCUCCUUGUAUCAAGGGAAGAAGCUUUUAGACAAGUCUGGCCUAGAUCAAGCAUUUACGAUAUAA